AUUUUUUAUUUUUUUUUUAGUUUUAUCUCUCUUGAAUAUUAUUCAGCCUAAUUAGGCUACUAUUUACAAGGAUUUCAAACUGAAUUUUUGACCAUAACAUGAUGAAUGGACAAAUUAAUCGUGUGUUGCAUUUCCGGCUCGUGUCCACUAGAGGGCAGAAGCAGACGCACUGGAUGUGAGUGUUAUGAUCGCCUUUACUGACUUUAAAUCUCGUGAAGCUCCACUAAAGCUGUUCCUGUGCGAUACCAUGACACACAACAUGCAGUAUUUGAAGCUCUCGUGUCGGAAGCUGCCCACUGUGUGUCAGGGUGACGGCCGGAAGUGACGGAACACGUGUACUGUACUGUCCGUGAUGUCAGAGUUCAGCGCGAAGCAGAGUGACGCGAGUGCGUGAUGACGUCGUGCGGCGAAGCGGAGAUGAUAAAUGAGAUGACAGACAGAAGGAGGGAGAGACAGAUGUGAGAGAGCUGGGAUAAAUCAUCUGAUUGAUCGCGGUGAAAUCGCCUGAUCGCUGCGGGAGGAGAUGCUGAGAGACUGCUGGUGUUCAGCAUCACUGCGCGUCUGCAUCUGCACGCGAUGUGUUGAUCAUCUGCGCGUCUAAUUCCUCACCAUGAACCGCGGCGUCAAGCGUCAGCGCGCGAGCGGAGCGACUCGAUUCACGGACUGAAUCACAUUCGAGAGAAUCGCGAGCAAAUCAGCAGAAAACAGAUCUGUGAGCCAGCAAAAUGGGAGAGCAGCCGAUCUUCAGCACCAGAGCGCACGUCUUCCAGAUCGACCCCAACACCAAGAAGAACUGGGUUCCCACCAGCAAACACGCCGUCACCGUCUCGUACUUCUACGACAGCACCCGCAACGUCUACCGCAUCAUCAGCCUCGACGGGUCAAAGGCCAUCAUCAACAGCACCAUCACCCCCAACAUGACCUUCACCAAGACCUCGCACAAGUUCGGGCAGUGGGCCGACAGUCGGGCCAACACCGUCUACGGCCUCGGCUUCUCCUCCGAGGCUCAUCUCAGCAAAUUUGCUGAAAAGUUCGCAGAGUUCAAAGAAGCCGCGCGGUUGGCGAAAGAGAAAUCUCAGGAGAAGAUGGAGUUGACCAGCUCGCCCUCACAGGAAUCGGCGACGGGCGAUCUUCAGUCUCCCGUGACUCCAGAGAGCAUCAACGGAACGGACGAGAGAGUGACGCCCGACGCCGCGUUCAACGCCGAGAGCCGCACGGAGCUCAACGCCGUGCCGUUCCCGCACAGCUCCACGUCCAUCACCAAACACUGGGAGGCCGAGCUGGCGGCUCUGAAGGGAAACAACGCUAAACUGACGGCCGCGCUGCUCGAGUCCACCGCUAACGUCAAGCAGUGGAAGCAGCAGCUGGCGGCGUAUCAGGACGAGGCCGAGAGGCUGCACAAACGGGUGACGGAGCUGGAGUGUGUCAGCGGACAGACGGCCGGCAUCAAAACACAGAAGACGGAGCUGAACCAGACCAUCGAGGAGCUGGAGGCCGAGCUGAAGGCCAAGGAGGAGGAACUGGAGAAGCUGAAGGAGGAAGUCGAGAACGCCAACCUGCUGCAAAUGCAGAAAGAUUCGCUCGCCCAGAAACUGCAGGAGACGCAGGUGAGGAACGCGCAGCUGGAGACGCGUCUGUCCGAUGUGGAGGAGCGUCUGGAGAGCAGCCGGCAGGAGGGCGAGAGCUUCCGGAAGAGUCUGCGCUCGCUGCUGGAGCUGCUGGACGGGAAGAUCUUCGAGCUGACCGAACUGAGAGACAGUCUGGCCAGACUCCUGGAGGACGGCAGCAGCUAGAGACGCUCUCCGGUCACGUGAUCAUCUCGUACCGCACACGCAUGUCCACGCAAACACACACCGGUUCCUCUGACACGUGCCUGAAGUUUACAGACACACACACUCGCGGCUCGACUGGGCUGUGAAAUUGCCUUCACUCAUCUCAGAUUUCACACGCAAACACCGUGAAUCUCAUCCGUGGCGCAUUUUAUACUCCCGUUUCCGACCCACGAUGCAAAGACUGCGUUUCCGACGACGGAGUUCCGGAUUUCGUCCGAGAAAACCUUGUACUUUUUGACUCUGACAGUGUUUUCUAUAGAAACUCCAGGAACUGAUGAUGUCUGGAUGAACUGCGUUCAGAAACACUCUUCCACUCUUGAACUUCCACAAUCUGAGCAAUACAAGAGAGAAACACGAUCAGGUAUUUUCUGUCUCACACACACUCUGAACCGUCUUUCCUUUCCAAAUCUUUUUAGAUAUAAACAUGACAGAUUUUUGGUGCACUCGUGUGACGCGCCGUUCUUUGGGAUUGAGGUGAAAUUACACAUUUUGUUCUUUAUGAAGAGCAGAGGUUUACUUCCUACUGUAUGAUUUCUGAUUAUUUAUUGUAAAAAUCUCAUAUAUAUCUAUAUAUUCUAAUCACAGUGGCUGCAUUACGUAGAUAUUUCAAGUACAAACAUGUUUGUUUUCAUUUUUUCCCCCUUUGUUUUUAUUAUUUGCAAUGUGGAAAUAUGGCUGUUUUGUAAAUGUGGGGAUAAACUGGCAAUAUUUUUGAACUAUUUAAAAGGGAAACCGUGUCAAAAGGGAAUCGAAACAUGACUUGGUUUUGCAGAGAGUGUUUUUCUUUGCCAAAUCUCUUCUCUUGUACAGAGGAAGUUGCCUUUGGUACUGAGACGCAUCAGCGGUAGCGAACUGUGGGAAACUAUUGCCAAAAACCAGUGACUGUGUGACGACGAUCCUCUCGCGUGUGUUUGAAGAACUUCAAGGGCUUGUUGCGCUAGUUUCUGACACACUGGACGGCUUUAUUAUUAUGUUUAAUUCAUGAGCCCAUGUGACACUGUGAGGCUCCGAUACCUUUGAAUAAUGAUAUUGAUUAAACCACACACUUCAACACAGUUGUAAUUAUGAGUUUAUAGUAAAAUUAAAGUGGAAAAAUCGUCAAA